GUGGAGCUCUCCCCGCAGCAGGACGGAGCGCUGCAUCUUGUCAUGACUUCCAAAGCGGAUGUGGAAAUCCUGCCAAAAGAUGCAGAUGCUCCUCAGCGUCCGAGACACCAGAACACCACCGCCAUCCUCUUACCAGCAUCCACUCAUCCGCUGCCAAAAGUGGACAUGUCCCAAACCACAGCCAAGGAAGUGCCCCAGGUGGGUGGGACAUGCAGCAUCGUCCACGUCCUGGAGUGGAAGGAGGGAAUGGCCAUUCUGCCCGGGAGCAACCUGAAGCUGUGUGUGAGCGACAGUGGCACUCUGGAGGUGAUCAGCCAGGGGAAAGUGAACUCAGCGAACCCUCUCACUGACGGAGCAGCGACCAAAGUGGUGGAUGGAGAACCCAAGCAGGCGCUGAAACCCAGCACAGACCCACCAGCAGACGUCCAGACCGUGUGUGUCGAUGGCGUUCGGCUCAUCAAGGUAAACCCGGAGGUCCAGGAGAACUCGGUUCCGCACAAGAACCGCGAUCAGAUAAUGAAACGCAGCUACGCCGAGGAGCUCCGGCGAGAUCCAGCACCUGACGGUCUGGCAGGAAGUGAGAGGGGUUUGGAAGCAGGAGCGAUGUCCCGUGACCCGGAGCUCCUGAAGCCGAUGAAGAAGAGGAGGAGGAGGGAUUACUUAAGCUCUGAGGAAGACUCCGAGCCAGAGCCCAUGGAAGUAAAAGCUGAAGACCUAAAAACAGAAGGACCAGAAAAAACAGGAGCGGACGCUAAAGCCGAGCCGUGGUCGUGGGCGCAGUAUCUGGACGAGCAGAAGGCCGUCGCAGCUCCGGACAAACUCUUCCAGGAGUCACAGCGAGUUCCUGAAAGUCCCAACAACUUCAGAGAAGGCAUGAAGCUGGAAGGUAUCGACCCCCAGCAUCCCUCCAUGUACUUCGUUCUGACUGUGGCUGAGGUUCGUGGUUACAGAUUACGCCUCCAUUUCGACGGUUACUCAGACUGCCAUGACUUUUGGGUCAACGCUAACUCCCCUGAUAUUCACUCACCGGGCUGGUGUGAGAGCACAGGACACAAACUGCACACUCCAAAAGGCUUUAAGGAAGAGGAGUUUUCUUGGUCCAGCUAUUUAAAGCUCACUAAAGCACAAGCUGCCCCUAAGGAGCUGUUCAGCGAGGUCGAGUCAGAGGAGGAACUCGGCUUCGAGGUCGGCCUAAAGCUGGAAGCCGUGGACCGCAUGAACCCGUCUCUCAUCUGCGUCGCCACGGUGACGGACAUCGUGGGCAAACGAUUUCUAGUGCACUUUGACAACUGGGACGACACGUACGAUUACUGGUGUGACGCGCGGAGUCCGUACAUUCACCCCAUUGGCUGGUGUAAAGGGAGGGGCCUCCCCCUCACGCCUCCGCAAGAUUAUCCCGAGCCGGGUCGGUUCUCCUGGGAGCGGUACCUGGACGAGACCGGAUCCACAGCGGUGCCUGCAGACGCUUUUAAAGUGCGUCCUCCUCAUGGCUUCCAGGUGAACAUGAAGCUGGAGGUGGUGGAUAAGAGGAGUCCGGCGCUGCUCCGUGUGGCGAGCGUACAGGAAGUGGACACACACAGGAUUAAAAUCCAUUUUGACGGUUGGAGUCAAGUUUAUGACGAGUGGAUGGACUCGGAUCAUCCUGAUCUUCACCCUGCUGGAUGGUGUGAGAGUACGGGUCACCCCCUGAAACCUCCACCAUCAACCCCUCCCAGCGUCCCACAGCCUGGUCCGAGGGAAAACACGGCUGCGGCUCCGCCCAGUUUCACCUCCACGCCGUGUAAAACCGGCCCGAAUUCCCGCAGUUCCUCCAAAUACAGCUUCCACAACAGGAAGUGCCCCACUCCUGGAUGUGACGGCUCAGGUCAUGUGACUGGACGUUUUACAGCGCAUCACUGUAUAUCCGGCUGCCCAUUGGCUGAGAGGAAUCAGGGGCGGGUCAAAAUGGACCUCUCGGAUACGGAGGGAUCCAAACGCAACCUCCUUGUUUUUGGCCAGCGGGCUAAAAAGUCUCGCUACCACGGCAGGAUUGGUCGCCCUCCAAAAUAUCGAAAGAAUCAGCAGCGAUCCUAUCAGAACAUGACUUCAGAGAGCAUGUACCCGUCCCUGUUCAUGUCGGCUCUGAGUGCGAGUUCGGAUCGGACCCUGUCCCUCUGCUGGGAGCAGCACUGUAAGCUCCUGCCUGGAGUCGCAGGGAUUCACGCCAGCCAGGUGGCUACAUGGAGCGUCGACGAGGUCUUCGGGUUUGUGCAGAACCUGAUCGGUUGUGAGGAGCAGGCGCGGCUUUUCAAAGACGAAAUGAUCGACGGGGAGGCCUUCCUCCUGCUGACGCAAACAGACAUAGUAAAGAUCAUGAGCAUCAAGUUGGGACCAGCGCUGAAGAUCUACAACGCCAUCCUGAUGUUCAAGAGCACUGAUGAAGGACUGUAGUCAACCUCGAUGCCUCAGUGCUGUGCCAUCUUCUCAUCCAUCCACCACCCAUCACGUGUUUGGUGUUUACUGCUGUGCCCACCAGAGAGAGAGAGAGAGAGAGAGAGAGAGAACAAGAGAAGGGAAAGCGUAACUGAGCCCAAAAGGAAGCUGCUAUAUUUUUAUGAAGUGUUAAACGGACCAUCGCGGUUCCUCAUUCUUCUUUCUGCUACAGGAAGUACAGGUACAGUACCGGGACCUUUAGGUUUGAGUUGUGAGUUUUUCCCAGAUCACAAAGUAGAAUAAUGCCACAGCAGAAGCAGUAGAUGGCGCUUGGGGCCUCAUUCCUGUGGAUGUUCACAAGAAAUAACUAAAUACUUUAUUAGUCCUACAAGAGCUUCUCUAUUAGAGAGGCGAAGCUGCAGUUAAACCUUAACACUAGCUUCGAAUGAACUCUGGCUUUAAGGCAUUUUUUUACACUUAAUAAUGUGACAAAUGUCGUAAGAUCCACAACAAAACACUGAACGUAUCGAGAAUUGCAACAGAUUUGCUUUUAGGCGCGUACUCUUAGAUCUGUUAGAGUCGUGGAUCUGAUCUACUCUGGUCCUGGAGAACUCCUGCCCUGAACAUUGUGUGUGUGUGUGUGUGUGUGUGUGUGUGCGCGUGUGUGAGGGUUCUCCAGGGGGUUUCCAGGACCAGGGUUGAGAACCGCUGUGUUAGAGGGACGAUGUAGUGAGGAGGAAGUGAUUUCCAAACCCGAAAAAUAAAUGAUGUGCCGUUGGGAUUCAGAGCAAAAAUAAACUGAAAUAUUUUACGAAUAUAAGUACAGUGGUGGAGAAGGCAGGUCGUGUCGAUCUCAUAGAGUCUGUAAGGUUUUCCUCCAGCAGGUGAACUGGUGACUCUGUAAUUCCCACAGUGUCUCAUCCACACUGAGGUCCUUUCCCUUUGUAAUAUUCCACAAUGAGGGUGAAGUCACAAGGAAAUCCAAAAAAAAAGGACGAAACAGAUAAAAUAAUGAUAUCUAAUCCUGCGUUCAUCAGCAGAUAGGACCUGGGAAAUGGUAAGCCUCCUUGGAAUAACUUGUAAUCUGUGACUCCGUGUGAGUGUGUGAUGGUUCCUCAACAUGCUGGUUCUCACACUGGACACAAACUGGUGACAGAACCAGAAAUAACAGCAGUGAGUUCUCCUGGCUCAGUGACACAGAGUAGUGAAGCCUGAAUAGUUUAAAUAAAUAGUUUAUAAUGAACAUAAUCGCGGGUACGCCCGGGAGCCGUCAAAACUAGUUUGCAUCAGUUUGGAUUUUAAAGCAGCCGGUGCUGAAAGGAAUAAUAAAUGAAGGUUAAGUGAGGUUUAAUGUCUAUUUAUUUCAUAUUUUACUUCAUUUACACAUCUUUUCUAAAUGUUUUGAUUGUUUUUAUAUGCAAAAACAUAAUUAUAGUGUUGAAAAUUGGUAAAUUGAGCAGCUGGAACAGAUUAUCCGCAUUUACAUUAUUUCCUCCGGGACGGUUAAACUGCUGAGGUGCCGCUGUAUUUACUGAAUUCACACCACCUAAAUUAGCAGAGCGCUCUCUUGUGGUUGGCAGGUUAAUUGAUAUGUGAGCUACAGAGAAGUAUGACUCAAAACAAACAUUAUCAGUGUGUUAUAUUUAUUUUGUAAAUUAUUAUCGCAUUUAAUUAAAUAUUGAUUAAUCAUUAACAUUCGCAGAUAUCUGUUUAUGUUUAAAAAUAGAUUUAAAUAACUUCAGCACUAUUGCCAGUGAAUCAUGACUUCCACUUUAAAGAAUAUAAAUUAAUCACAACACAAACAGUUUUUUAAUUGCAGUUUAUCUGACUUCAUUUACAGAAAAGAAAGAAACAUGAUGGUAGAGAAGUGAAAAGUUUAUUGAAACCCAUUGUUCGGGGACGAUAUAUAAAAACAUACGGCCAGAGAAGCAGAGAGAAGUUCGAGCACCCUCGAUGGUCCAUAGAGGAAUCUUAUAGAGACAGUAUUAAUAGACGACGUCGCACUUUUCAGCAGCGUAUGAACAAAAACUGUUUUACAUGAAAUAAAUGAUUUAAUUAAUUGGUGCUACCCUGAUAAUAAUGAUGCACUUUAUGUGAUCAGCCACUAGGUGGAGUUAAUGCACAUUCUGAGCCAGCUCAAUCAUCAGCCCAUUUCUCGAGUUAUUUUAUUAUGUUGCUUAUAAAGUGACCAACUAGUGUUUGUAAUAAUAAAUCUAAUGAAUUAACUAACAGGGAUUGGUACUGUUUACAACUAAAGCAAUGUCUGUCUUUUUUUUGUUUGUUUUGUUUUUUGGUGAAUUAUUCUCUCUCUGAUGGGAAAUUGAUUAAUAAUAAUAAAAAUAAUAAUAAUAAUGUACAGAUCUUAUGUAUAAAAAUGUCAUUC